AUGGCCCUUACGAUGAUCCAACAGUCGUCCCGAUUCGACUCGAACCAGCAUUACAACACCAUCAACCAUUCACAUCACCUCUGCCCACCUACAAUGUUGGCUUCUGCUUCUCUUAGAGACUUCCCCCCUCUCCCCUCCCUCCGUCCCAUCGAUUCUGGCGCUUCAAUCUCAACUUCUAUCUGGUCACCAAAACUUCACGACAUACAUCAAACAUCAUAUUUGGAGGGUAAGAACAACGUCCCGUCCAUGUCUCAGCAAAUUUCCCCAAAAAGGCUGGAGUCUCACAUUGAAACCCAGUUGUACCAAGGUCUCACCCAGUCAGCCAUCCUUCAACACUGGAUGAAACGUCCAGGAAGUGAGAUCCCUCUUGGCAGUGCUGCAGCAGUCGCAGCACUUCAAGACGCUGUUAUUGUGUCUCUCGAUGCCGAAUGGUACGAGCAUGACGACAACUUCAUCACAGAACUCGGCGCCUCUGUUUUGGAUCCGCGUUUUAUCUCACAACCCGUUUCGUCCUCGGCGUGGGAUAUCCUCUCGAGCAUGGAAAAUCACCACGUCCGCAUCAAACCGCAUGCCCACCUUAUCAACAAAGACCUCUGCAAAGGAUACCCAGAGGCCUUCCAGUUUGGCUGGACAACUUUCGUCCACGUUGAUGAAGCAAGGGCUAUGCUUCAAGACAUCUUCACCCGUCGGGACGAAUUUAGCAAUCUCCGUCCAGUCAUAUUCGUAGGCCACGCCAUCGACAAUGAUUACGAGAUCAUCAAAUCUCGCUUCGGUCUCGAUCUUCAACAACUCGGCACUAUUGUCGCUACAAUCGACACGCAAGUUCUUGCAGUCGAGCACGGACUGAUCGAACCAUCCCGCAAGAUGCGCCUCUCAAAUCUGCUUGCCAAAUACAACAUCGAGGAACCGUAUCUUCACAACGCCGGCAAUGGCAUCGUAUGCACGAUGAUCGCUGCAUUCCUCAUGCAUAAUCUCAGCAUGUCUAUCCUUCAAAUGCCUACCGAGCUUGUCGAGGCCGUCGUACAAUACAUGUGCGACCCAGAUCUCCUCGAAUUCCGUUCGACUUGCAGAUUUGCCGACUCGAACACUUUGCGCGCUGUGGGUUGUCGCUUCUUCUCCACGUUGAGGACUACUCUUAUCGAUUCCGAUAUUGAUCGUCUAGAAACGAUUUCCCAAACUGGCCGGUUAGCAAGAUAUGUUAAGAAUACCCAAAUCAAAGACGACGGGGCGAAUAUCAGAGAGCAUUUCCGUCGCGCCAUUCCGCCUCCAGAAGAGGGAAUGCCGAAAGGAUGGAAACUUCGUGAACAAAAAAUCCGGAAGAUGAGAAGAGCAUGUCGCAGUUGGCCUCGCGAGAAGACGGCGAUUCUGGACUCAGACAUGAUGGCCAUUGGCAAGAUACAGACCAUACUCCAGGAAAAUCGAUUUAUUCUGGACGCUCUGAUCAUUCGAGGCGUCUACGAAAGCUUUGGUGCAGAUAAAGAAGCUACCAUCGCACUCGCUCUAGAGAUUGUCUCAACUGUAAACCUUGGAAUCACUUCGCUUCGGAUCGAGAAUGUCGGAGCGUGGGUCACAAAGGUAACAUUCCGUUUCGACCAGAAAAAUCAGGACCAGAGAGCGGGUCUCAGCAUACUUAGAGAGGCGAAUGUGGAAAUGGACAAUGGUCCCGCGUCAAUUUAUCUUCUGAAUCAACUCCUUUACCACGCGCCAGUGUUGGAAGACCUAAGACUAGCGAAUCUAGACGCAAGAGGGAGAUGCGCAAUCGUUCCAUUCGAUACAUACCUGAAGCGAGGAGUACCUUUAGUGAAGCUCAAGAGAUUACGCCUGUCAAGAUGGAGUUGUCCGGCAAGUUUUGUCCAAGAGAUUCUUUACAACUCCAGACACACUCUGCAAGAGAUGGAACUAGUAUCUAUCCUUUUGAACCAUGGCACUGAGUGGGCGUGGAAUAAGCUCUUGUUAUAUAUUGGAAAAGGCUUUCCUACUUUGAGUUAUUUCAAACUCUCGACUCUUAAACACAUGGGUCGGUCGUUGCUAGAUUUUUCGGAUAUACCCGAGAUGCUCAAGGCAACGUGUGAGGGGGAGAUUGGAGUCUCUAGCCUAUACCAUGAGCAUGUCGAGUUCCGAGGGUCGGAUGCUUCUCAUGCUCUCCAGAUUGUAACAUCCCAUCUGAAGACAUCAGGAUACGCAAUAGCAUAA